AUGAGUGUGCAUCUUUCACCAAAAAAAAAAAACUCUGUGCACUUAUUCUCCUCUUGCCUUCUCUCAUACUUGCAAUGGCUUGUUCUUCUUCCUCCAUGGGGUCUACUUGUGUUUCUCUUAGCCAUUUUCUCUGUUCCACAAUGUUUCUCUGUGGCUUCAAGUGAGUUCCAAGUCGGAGACACAAAAGGGUGGGUUGUUCCACCAGCCAAUGACACAAACAUGUACAAUGAUUGGGCCUCACACAACAGGUUCCAUGUUGGUGACACCAUUUAUUUUAGGUACAAGAAGGACUCUGUGAUGGAGAUCGGUGAGGAAGAUUACAAGGAUUGCAAUGCCACUCACCCAACUUUCUUUUCCAACAUUGGAAACACUGUGUUCAGGUUUGAACACUCGAGGACUUUCUACUUCAUAAGUGGUGCAUCAGGGCAUUGUGAGAAGGGACAGAAGAUGAUUGUGAGGGUGAUGGUUCCAGAUGAGUCUCUUUCUCAGCAUGCAAAGUCUUCUGGGCACCAUGAUCCUGUUUUGCCAAUUGGGGUGUCUCAAAUGAUCUUCCUUCAGUUUGUUUUUGCAUGUGUUGCUUCCUAU